AUGCGUUGCAACGGGUUCGGGGUGGUCUCGUGGCUCGCUGCGGUGCAGCUCUGCGCCGCCGCCAGCAGCCCGUGUAAGCAAAUUGCCGACGACCAACUCAAGCUGGCCUCGAGUCUCGAUCUCUCUUUCCCGAGCGAUAUUCGGUACCUGGCUGGGUUUGAUGCCGAGCUCGCGUUCCAGUGUGUCACGUCGGUGGCUCUUGAUGCGCAAGAUGCCACCGACAUGCUGGCUUACAUCAAGAAAUACUUUUCCUUCCAGAGCACGCUGGCGUACCUCAAGAACCCUCCGAAAUCGUAUCAGCAGCUGCCCGUUGACGUCAUGGGAAGACUGGACGCAAUUGGGAAGAAUAUCAAGGACGGAUCAUACAGCAGCCAAUACGCGCUUGAGCUUGAUAUCCAGGCGGUCAUCCGAGACGCACACGAGGGUCACCUCAGCUACAAUGCAGGUGUAAUUGGGCUGUUCACCUGGUUUCUUCCCGACGGGCUGGUCUCCAUCUCGUCUGAUGGCCAGGAAAUCCCCGAGAUCUACGCCAACUCAGACAUCAUCGGCAAAGUCAGCAAUGCGUCCCCCAUCGUUCAACUGCAAGGCCAGUCGCCGUUCUCAUACCUACGAUCAUAUUUGGAGCGCACGACUGCUGCCAUGGGCCUGAUUGAUCCGCAUGCCGAAUGGAACCAGUUGAUGGUGAACUCUGCGAACCAAUUCUCCCGAACAGGUACCAGCGGCGACAGCUCGAUUGCCUACGACUUCUUCCAGUCCACGACCAUCUACAAUGGCAAGUCGAUACAGGGGAAAUUCAAGAAUGGGACCAAUUUCGAGUGGGCGUACAAGGCCGGAGCAUCGAUCAAUCUCACCGAUUACUCGUACACCAGCGCGAAGGGAAUCAAGAAGGGCAGGGUCACCAACGAGAAAACCUCCAGUGUCAAGACUCUGUCCGUGAACAACCUCAUCCCCGAGUCGAUCAAAAUCACCGAGGUCGAAGGCGCCCCCGGCAGUCCUCGCUCCAAUAUUCCAUACAGAAGCUACCCAAGGAACCCUGUUGUGGUGCAGUCCAAUUUCUCUGUUGGAGGAACCGUCUCUGGGUAUGUGCUCGAGGAUGAGUCGAUCGGUGUGCUGAGCAUUCCCAACUUUGCUGCCAACAGUCUCGCAAACGCGGCGACUUUCAGCGAGACUGUCAAGUCGUUUAUCAAGCAGGCCAAGAGUGCCAAUGCCACCAAGAUCGUCAUCGACUUGUCUGGCAACGGCGGCGGCACCGUUUUUCUCGCGUUUGACGUGUUCCGCCAGUUCUUCCCUCGGAUCCAACCAACUCCAUUGUUCCGAGCUCGUGCUAUACCCGAGCUGAAGACAUAUGGAAACCUAAUAACUGGCCUCAUCGAGAACAAGGAUAACGUGUUGGACAGCACCAUCGUCCAACCUGUUCGUAAUUUCUACAACAAUUCAGGGUUUCUCAACAAGGGCUUUACCAGAACAAUGGGUGGGACGCAGUGGAAGUCGUAUAACGACUUCUUUGGUCCCAUCAAAAGCAGUAAUACGGAGGAUAAUUUCACAAAUAAUGCGCAAUACGACUACUCGAGCAAAGCCAUCGCGGACGAACUUGGAUUCUACAUUGCCAACUAUGGCGAUAAUGCCAUCAGCUAUGAGCAUCCCUGGAAAGCUGACGAUAUCAUCUUGCUCACCGACGGGUACUGCGCCAGCACUUGCCACACUUUCGCGGCCAUGAUGAAGACUGAUGCCUCCGUCAAGACGGUCGUCGUCGGCGGGAUCCCUCAGAGCGGACCGAUGCAAGGCGUGGGCGGCACCAGAGGAAGCAACGACAGGACCUUCUCCUACAUCAGCGGCACCACAGACACGAUCAACAAUAUACGCAGCCUCGCCGGCAGCAAGUUCAACACCUUCCUUGGCAAGAUCGGUGUUAUCGCUGAUGAUAUCACCAACCUUCCUGGGCUGCUCAGCGAUGCCCCGUGGUUCGUUGACACGAGGGCCGCCGGCGUCAACAUGCUUGAUUCGAUCCUGCCCAAGAGCCCAGACAUGCCUCGCCAGUUCGUCUACGAGGCUGCAAACUGCCGGCUGUUCUGGACGGGGGACAUGGUGCGCGACAUUUCCGUGCUGUGGAAGACAGCUGCCAAGUUUGCCGGGGGCGACAAGUCCGUCUGCGUGCGGAACUCGACCAAUGGCCCUGGCUCGCAGGUCAAUGAUACGAUCAUCGAGAACCCGGGAUAUUCGUACAAUAAGACAUGGGAGAAUGCCAACUCGACGAGCAUGUCGACGACCAAUUCAUCCAAUGACGAGAGCAACAACAGCGGUAAUGGCGGAGGUGGAGACUCGACUACCAACAAGCCAGGCGGAGAGGGAGAUAAUAAUAAUGGCGGUGGCAGUCAAACUAAUGUUAUUAAUGAUAAUGGCGCUACGGUGAACAGCGUUGGCAUGAUGGCCUUGGCCUGUGCUUUCUUUACUCUUUUCUUGGAUUUAUAA